AUAGAUUAUUCAGCGACUGUUAUUUAGUUGAACCUACGUCGUUUUUGACCUAGGGAAAUUCUAGUUUCAGUCCGUCGCCUCCUCUUCGUCCCUUGAAGGCUCUUGCGUUCUCUGCUGCUUUCAACUGUCUGUCGAGUUUCGCUUCACGCUGCGCAGCGACUGCUCUCAACUCGCCGCAGACGACCGUUUUUCAUCCGAAGACGACAGCUCCAACGCAUUUGAAACUGAAUAUCGCUCUCUUUUCAGUAAUUUGAACCUGAAAAUCCAAUAAGCAUGAUACGGGGCGGUAGAAGUUACGUCUCUUCUCCGCCAGCCUUCUCCAAUGAUGCAAAGCGACUCCUCGUUUGCUCUGGAAACUCCGUCUCCAUCUUCAGCGCUGCCACUGGCUUACAGGUAACAUCUCUGGAAGGACAUACAGCUCUGGUGACGGCAGUGAUUGUGGUGCCAGCUACGACUCAGGCGAGCAAGAUAUUGUGCUAUUGUUGGACGGCUUCGCUUGAUGGGACUAUUCGGUAUUGGGAUUUUUCGGUGCCGGAAUUGAUCAAGACUAUCGAUAUUAAGUUCCCUAUUUUCUCCAUGGUGAUUCCAUCAAUAUUAGGCCAACCAGCUGAGAGCAAUGAAAAGCCACCUAAAGUUUUUGCUUAUUUGUCUACUGAAAAAACUAAAGCACCAGAAAUGUUCUCAAAAGGUUUACGUGGACAAGUCAUCAAAUUUAACUUGACUGACUCUCGUCUGGCUGCUGGAAUGAUUUUGGCAGAGACAAAGAAACCUCUACCCAUAACUAUUAGCUGCACUGGAAAAUAUUUUGGAAUCUGUAGCAAGCGCCGGCUUAGCAUAUGGAAGGUGCCUAGUGCAGAUCAUGAGCGUGCUGCGGCUAGAAAGAUCACACUGCAUCAUACAAAAAAAAUGACAGUUCUGGCAUUCCACCCGACUCAGAGAAUUGUUGCUGCAGGGGAUGUGACAGGAAGAAUUUUGAUUUGGAGGGGUUAUGGAAAUAGAAUAUUUUCUGCAGGCAAUGGACUAGUGAGUGAAAGAUCAAUGAAUAAUGAGGAAGAAAGACCUGGAGUGAGGGGUGAUGAUGAUGCUGAGUCUUGCACGACAUGGCAUUGGCACUCUGCUGAAGUAAACUUCCUCUAUUUCUCUUCUGAUGGAGCGUAUUUGUACUCAGGUGGAAAGGAAGGAGUUCUUGUGGUUUGGCAACUAGACACAGGGAAGAAGAAAUUUUUGCCACGAAUUGGAUCUCCACUCCUAUAUUACACAGAUUCUCCAGAUCCUUCUCUUUCGUCAAUAUCUUGUGCAGAUAAUCAAAUUCAUAUAUUGAAAAUGCCUUCCAUGGAAAUUUUAAAGUCCAUUUCGGGGAUCAAGCUUCCUUGUUCAUUUCAAGAGAUACACAAGGAUUUAUGUGGUGGGGUUGCCUUUGAUCACAAUGCUGGCUUAGUGGCCUUACGUGCGGAGAACUAUUGCAUCCAGCUAUAUAGCCUGUUUGACAACCGUGGAAUUUCUGAGGUUCAAGUUUGUGAAAGAAACCAUCAACCUGGUGAUGAAGUCACGGUAGUUGUGACUUUAGUUGCUCUUUCGUUGGAUGGCUCUAUGAUGAGUACUGCUGAAGUGAAGCUUGCUGAGGAGGGCUUAGGUGGACUUGUUUGUCUUAAGUUUUGGGCAUUGGGAUCAGAUAACAAGACAUUCAGCUUGUCCACCAUUGUUUAUGAACCCCACAGGGAUGCUGGCAUUUCUUCAAUUGCAUUUCAUCCCACCCGUUGCAUGGCUGUGAGCUCUUCAUAUGGCGGGGACUUUAAGAUUUGGGUUUGCAACAAUGGUAUUCAGCAGAAAGAUCAAGUGCUUACCAAUUCUAGAUGGACUUGCCAUGCUGUGGCCUCGUACAAGAAAAAGCCAAUGACAGCUGCUGCAUUUUCUCAUGAUGGUUCUGUUCUUGCUGUUGCUGCUGAAACUGUGAUUACAUUAUGGGACCCUGACAAGAAUGUUCUUGUGGCAGUAAUUGGGGAGACUCUCAUGCCAAUUGUGACCCUCUCGUUUGUAGGGAAGUCCGAGUAUCUUGUUUCUGUAUCAUGGGGUUCAAAGCCGCAACUUUCUGUUUGGAGCAUGUCAAAGCUUUCUAUAUCUUGGUCAUACGGGCUUCAUGUAGAAGGAAUUGGUGCAGUUGUAGCCACUGAGACAGACUUAUCUUCUUUCGCUGCUCUUGUCCUUCUUCCUAAAUCAUCUAAAUACGACAAAUCUAAUGAAAGAACUUUUAGAGGAAGGGAUGGAGUGAUUUUACUUUUUAAUGCAGCAGAUCCUGUUCCGAUUUCUACCUGGUUGGUGAAUAAGGCCAAGGGAGGAGCUCUCGCUUUCCUUCAUGUGAAUCAAUCUUUUACAGAAAACAUGUUUGAUGGGAAACCACCUAAAUCCUUGCUUGCAUACUUAAAUGGUGAUCAUGAGUAUGUUCUUUUUGACCCACAUGGGAAAGAAGCCGAUGAAUUUCUCAAAAUUAAACGGGAUGGUUUUACUGACCUUGAAGAAGCAGGGAAAUUUGGGUACACAUCUGUCUAUGGUGAGCUUCCAGAGUUUGACCCAAAAAGAGUCCAGAGUUCAUGGGCUCCAUCUGUACCAUCUGAGAGGCCAUGGGAGACCAUAUUUAGUGGGUCAUCACAUAACCUUCCACCCCUUACAAAACUGUGUUCAGCAUUUUUGGAAUCAUUAUUGGAGAAGAGGAUUGCAACUGCAGAGUGAUGUCAAUUACAAGUAUAUCCAAUGUGAUCAAACAUACCCGUAGAGAUGCAGUAAGUAUUCUUGCAUAUACGUAGCACGACAGAGCCUUUGUGGUUACACAGACAAUAUAAUUGUUGUGAACAUCACUGGUUACAACGGCAACACUUGUGAAGUUCCUGAUACUAGCAUUUCUGGUAGAGAAUUUGCUCGAGUAUGAAGCUUUAGAAAUUUUGGUAGGAAACUAGGAAUCGUUCUUUUAUGUAAUGCUCUCUGGGUGUAGUUUUAAUAUUGAAAGCAAAAAUUUUGGUAAGAAAGAUAGCGGUUUGCUCGGUCAGAAGGGCUGAGAAAUUGUUGUAACAUUUGACAGAAAAUUUUGUCAUCUCGAGGACUAUUCUAUCCGAUCAUUUAGAAUUUUAAGUCCAUGUAAUAGCAAGGUCUUGAUUAAUUUCUUUGAAUUGUAAUGGAAAUUUAUAUAUAAUUUUUUGCUUCUGACAUUGAUGGAA